AUGUUGCCCACCGUUGCUCGAAUGCCGCAGCUCCAACCACAUAAUCACCUUGACCACCGAAUCUACGAUAUCCUGAAUACUCCAUACAACCCCAACGACGCGGCCAUGAGACCCUCUCUCUCUCAACACGAUCCUCCCAAACACUCCUACCAGUUCGUCGCGCGACCACGUGUGCAGCUCCCACACCCGGUGCAGCGGUCCGACAGCCACGACGUGGUCAAUAACUCGAAUGUCUCAAGGCUAACGAACAGCGGGGAACAUGCGUUGCGAAGGAAGACGCCAAAUGGGACCCUCGCGGCGGGCUACGAUGGGACACCGGGUGAUAGGGCCGUGCAGCCACCAGCAACAAAGCAUAUCUUGGUCUCCUCUCUCGAAUCCGGCCAGCUGCUCACCGGUCUCCCCGCGGACAACUGGCAACCGAUGAGCACGGAUCAAUCGUCGUCGGCGCAGCACAUGAGCUUUCCGCCGUCAUAUAAGCACGACUCGAAUGGGCUCCGGGACGAUGGACUUCAAAGAGCAACGGGCGCGACCUGGGUUCGUUCUGUGAAUUACGUGCCGGGGGUCGACUCGAUGUUGCAUCAGACUCUGCCCGUGCAGACAUCCCAGCGAUAUUACUUACAAAAUGGGCCCUCCGUCCCGACCGUCCAUCCCGCCCCGCUCCAGACAUGCCUAGGUCCUACCGCGUCGGCGGGAUCUGGUCCCUAUGGCCCUUACUGGCCGGAUGGAGCCUACAUCCCAUACCGUCCAGCCGCUCUCCGUGAUACGCGCUUCCACCAGACAGGCCAGUUUCCCACUCAGGCAGGGCUGAGUGGCCCUCACUUUUACGACCUACACCAACCAUCAUUCAACACCACGCCUCUUCCCGGCGGUAAUCUCUCGAAUCCUGGAUUCGCCUGGAAUCAGUUUCCGGUGGGUGUCAAUCCGGAGCCUGUCUUGCAGAGCACUCACCCUGCUCGCCGUUCUCAUCAGAAAUCCUUUGAUACGUUCCAUGAUCCUCAUACCAACCUCUCUACCCACCCGACGAGCAGUAACAACACAGUACCAUGGUCUGCUACCCAGCCCGAUUUGAGCUUCAGGACGUCCGUAGCAGACGUCAAGUCUCGCACGGGGAAUGUAGAAUUCAAGGAGAAGGUCCUGACAUGGGCUCACGGGGUCUACGUGGACCUUCUUGCAACUCUCCACCAAGCUCGAAGGAACAGCGCCUCGAAAGCGGGCAUUGAUGGCUAUGCUCACCGGCUAUCAAGACCGAGCAUCUACCCUAAACCACCUCGUCAACCUGGUUUGGAUUUUUCGGCCCAGCCCAGUGCCGGGGAGUUGUCGCGCCAUAACAGCUAUCCGUCCUCGCAAUUCGAUCUACAUGGUCGCAGCCAGCAUGGGCUGGGCUCUCGGCACAUGGACGGCCUGCAUUCGGCCCAUGGAUUCGAUGACAGACAGGCUAAUCGUCCGCUCCUCAGUCAAAUGCAUCACCGAAAUUCUGAUUCUCACGGCAUCAGUGGAUACCACCCCUUUCGACGAUUGUCUGGCGCCGCUGUGUCCCCAUUCGCGACUGGUUUCCGCAAUGAAAACUCCACCGUGUCCAGCGCCGUGUCUGCUCUGGAGAUGCUCUCUCAUCUCUGCAUGGAGAGUGGCUGGGAGUGGGUGGAUGGAAUGCUCCUGGGAGGCUGCUUGGCCUACGGUUUGGGUGACUAUCAGAAAGCAAUGAGAUGGUACUCGAGGAUCAUCGCUAGGGAUGCCACACAUGUUGAAGCAAUCUCAAAUCUGGCCGCGACUCUUCUUGCCCUUGAUCGCCGCGAAGAGGCAUUGCAGCAUUGGUUCCGUGCCGUCAAAUUACGUCCCGGUUAUUUUGAAGCAGUGGAACAUCUUAUCGGUCUCCUCUGCAGCAACCAUCGGGGCAAGGAAGCUGUCAGUAUCAUCGAAUAUGUCGAAUCCUCACUCCGUGUCUCAAAGAACGGGGACUACUUCCAGACGGACGAACACUCAAGUGGAACCGAGAGCGACAAUGAAAGCCGGUCCUCCACGGCAUCUGACCUCGGGUCGUCCGAUCGAGCGGCGUUCGAUUAUGAAAACGAUCCAGAUCAGUAUUCUAACUUCAAGCACAGCUCCAGCGAUUCGAAUUCUGCGGGCUUCGGAUCAAGUGGCUAUGCGAUUCCAGGAUCCGACAACGGUCGAAUGCUGGCUCUGAUCCACGCGAAAGGAAACAUGCUUUAUGCUCUCGGGGACAAUGCAGGUGCAGCAGCAGCAUUCGAAGACGCGAUUUUGAUCGCAUCAGGUCGCAGACGCCAUGGCAUCCAGAGUCUGAUCAGGAAGAUUCUCGCGGCCUUUACGGACAGCUCUCGCAACGGAUACUCCCUGCCCGUUGAAUUAUAUGAUGCCAAGGCCCCUGUUCUGCUGUAUCCGGAGAGAGCCCUGCAGACGGCCAAACUGAUCUUCGGACCGUACGGCAACCCUCCGGGUUUCAGAUAUGUUCCUGAUGGUCUGGCAAGAAAGGCGGCUAUAUCGACCACCAGCAAUUCACUGUUGUCGCUGGCAAAGAUAUACCAAGAUGGGAUGGCUAAUCUUUCCGCCCCCGGAGCCACCAGGGCACCUUGUGGCGUCCGAGAUAUAUUGGCUCUCUACUAUCUCUCGCUGUCUCUUCAGCCUAGUCCAUCCACUGCGAAUAAUGUUGGCAUCCUACUUGCCAGCAUUCAACAGAGUGGUCCGGUCAGAGUGCCUAGACGCUCUGCCGCUGAGAGUCAACUCCCAGAGGUUCCCGGUGUGAUACCUGGAAGUGGAAUCUCGCUGGCGUUGGCGUAUUACAACUACGGCUUGAACCUGGAUUCGCGACACGCUCACUUAUACACUAACCUGGGAAGCCUCCUGAAAGACAUUGGCCAGCUCCAGGCAGCGAUCAGAAUGUAUGAGCAGGCCGUCCAGUGCGAUAACAACUUUGAUAUUGCAUUGGCGAAUUUGGCAAACGCCGUGAAGGACUCCGGAAGGGUCAAUGACGCUAUUGGAUAUUACAAGAGAGCCGUGCGAGUCAAUCCAGAUUUCGCGGAAGCUGUAUGCGGGCUUGCGAACGCACUGAAUUCGGUUUGUAACUGGGGUGGUCGCGGCGGUAUCUCAAAUGGCCAUGGAUUCCGUGAUCGAUGGCACGUGGAUGAAGAAGGGAUGCUUCGCGACGCCAAUGGAGCUGAGACUGGCUCUGGUUGGAUCCAGCGGGUGGUUCAGAUCGUUGACCGGCAGCUCAAGGACGGUGAGACAUGGGGUUGCGGCUUACUGACACCUACCAUGGUGGAUCAGCUCUGUGCGCAGCUGUCUCUAGCCAUUGGAGAAGACAGGUUCUUGUCUACCAAGAGAGGAUCCUUGGCUUCCACCCUUAAAGCGUGGGCCGGCCAGAAAUGGGAAGGCUCCCGGAUCGUCAGACUCAUCGAGCGUGCCAUCAGAGCCAUAACUUGGCAGUGGUACCAAGACAAGUAUGUGUAUGGAAAGGAAUACCCCCUGGAGAAGUAUCGGAGGCCACAGCUCCCCAUGGGACUUUCUCCACCUAAUGCUCCGACUGUUCUCCCGUUCCAUACAUUUACUUGCCCGCUCUCUGCCAAACAAGUCCGCCACAUCUCGCAACGCAACGGUUUGCGGAUCUCGUGUUCUACUCUUCGCUCUCCAUGGCUACCUCCCACAGUGUACAGACCUCCGGCUCCGCCCAACCCUUAUCUGAAAGUUGGAUAUGUCUCUUCUGACUUUAACAACCAUCCUCUUGCUCAUCUGAUGCAAUCAGUGUUCGGGUUCCACAAUCCAUCGCGGGUCAAGGCAUAUUGCUAUGCUACCACACCCAGUGACAAUUCCGUGCAUCGUCGCCAGAUUGAGCGUGAAGCCCCCGUUUUCUAUGACGCCAGCAGCUGGCCGGUAGAGCGUCUAGUCGAACAGAUUGUUAAUGACGGCAUCCAUAUCCUUGUCAAUCUGAACGGUUACACGCGAGGCGCUCGCAACGAAGUUUUUGCUGCGCGUCCAGCACCGAUCCAUAUGUCUUUCAUGGGCUUUGCGGGCACAUUAGGAGCCGAGUGGUGCGACUACAUUCUCGCAGACGAACUCUCAAUCCCCCGUGAGACUUUGAGUCCUCACAAGCGCGAUACCCGACUGGAGGAUCGUCUGGUCGAGGUUGACCAUGGCGAGGAGCUCGAGGAUUGGGUCUACGCAGAGAGAAUAGUGUACACAAAGCACACUUUCUUUUGCUGUGACCAUCGGCAGAGUGCUCCUGACUGCAAGGAUCCUCGUCUGACUUGGGACGAAGAGCAAGAGAGGCGCUGGCGGAUGCGGAAGGAGCUGUUCCCACAACUGAGUGAUGAUACUAUCAUCAUGGGUAACUUUAACCAGCUCUAUAAGAUCGAACCCACUACUUUCCGUACGUGGUUGCGCAUCCUCGCUCGUAUUCCUAACGCAGUGCUGUGGUUAUUGCGAUUCCCAGAUCUUGGUGAACGGAAUCUCAGGGAGACAGCUAUCGCUUGGGCAGGUGAAGAGACUGCCUCUCGGAUAAUCUUCACUGAUGUCGCUCCCAAGAACACGCAUAUUGCGCGUGCGAAAAUUUGCGAUCUUUUCCUCGAUACCCCAGAGUGCAACGCACAUACAACUGCUGCCGAUGUACUCUGGAGCGGAACACCCAUUCUGACUUACCCACGAUACAAGUACAAGAUGUGUUCGCGCAUGGCAUCCAGCAUUUUGUCCAGUGCCCUUCCGGACUCGGAGAUUGGGAAGCAGGCUGCUGCGGAUCUGAUAGCUUCAUCGGAUGAAGACUACGAGAAUAAAGCUAUACGUCUGGGUCUCGAUCUUCACUACCAACUAGGUAGUCAAGGAAGGGCCACAGGCAGGUUGACGGAACUUCGAAAGAUUCUGUUUAUGAACAGAUGGCAAGCCAAUCUAUUCGAUACCAGGCGUUGGGUCAAUGACUUAGAAGAUGCAUAUGAGAAAGUUUGGAAAAAGUGGGUCAAUGGCGAAGAUGGAGAUAUCUGGUUAUGA